AUGUUGCCACUUUAUGCAAAAUUUUUUUUACUAACCCUUUUUGUUUGGGCAUGGCAUCGUCCCAGCAAAAUCUCAUUCGAUGAGGCCCCUAAAAAUAUAUUGAAUAAUAAGCUGUGCCUCAUAAAUGGAAGAUUAUUAUCCGAAUUCGAUUUUUCAGAGGACUUUAAAUACUACUCUGGUGAUUCAGUGGCAACAAGGGCCAACGAAGAAACGGAUAGCAUCGUUUCCGAUUUUGAUGAAGAAGAUAAUGGGUACUUAUCUAUAUAUUUAAAAGAAAAAAUACGUAAGGAAAAGCGAAAAAGUGAAAGUGAUUUUGAAGAUUUAUCAGGAUCUAGCGAUAGUCUUAACUCUUUAAGUUCUAAGAAGAAAGUAUUAAAAGAGAUUAUCCAUCAUCUUAAUAAAUCGGAUAAAUUUAACUAUGAUGAGUUGAAAGAAUACAUAGAUCAGCACUUGGAUGGAGAGCAGGGAGAAAAAUUAAAAUUAUUAGUGGAUGAAUUGAAAAAGUAUAAAACAAAAUACUUUUAUAUGAAAUCUCGCCUUGCACGUAAUAUAAAAAAACUUAGGAGAAGAAUGAAGAAGCAUACUAUGUUUAUCCUUUUACUUGUCCCAUCAAUUACAAGCUUAAUAUUAUUGUUAUGGAUUAUCAUACCAAUGGUUUCUGCACCAGCAUGUGCCAUUGCCUGUGCUCCUAGCGUUGUUGUAGCUGCAGGAAGUUCAGGAGCUGCUGGGGCCACAGGAGUAGCCUGUGCUAGUGCAGCUGCUACAUCAGGUGUUACAUCAAGUGGUAUUUGUGGUGCUGCACAAUUGUUAGCUGCCUCUCCGACAGCAACUACCACUGUUGCAACUGCAGCAGGUGUGACAACUACAACACGUUUCGUAUUACCUCCUGCAUUUUUCUGUGGUUCUUUUUAUAGAUAUAUGUUUUCCCCACUCCUUUUAGUAUAA